AUUAAUAUAAAACAAUAGUACAUAAAAUUACAAACAAAGAAUACAUAAUUACAUAGAUAAAAUGACAUGACAACACCGCAAAGAAAGUAAUAUCUGAAGAUUUUUUUUUGAAGAGUAUUAGCUUGUUCUCUGAGCCUUAACCAGAAUAUCAAAAUUCUGUUCGUUUUUUUUAUACAUAUGCUAACUCUCGGUCUCAUGUGAAUAUCAUAUUUGGCUAACAUCCAAAGAUGAUACUCCAAAUCUUACAUCGCAAAAUAAUUCCUAAUUAAACACCAAUUCACUUUAUUUUAUAAUAUUGACCAGCUGAUAAUUUGGAUCCAUAAAGAAUCCAAUAUACUUAUUUUUUUAGUAAGAAAUAUAAAUUGAAAUUGCCAAUUUUCAACGAUUAUACAAACAUUGCCAAAAGAAAUGCAUCUCUAUUUCCGAAUCAUUAUCUCCUCCAUAGCAGUUUCCAUGGUUCAUUCAGUGAUGCAGAUUUGCUCAUAAUCGUAUACCACACACAUUGUAUCCAACUAUUAGCAUAAACAUGUUUUUCUUUCAGUGUUGCAAGUCUUUUUUGGCCAUUAAACUUUCCACAUCAAAUUCACUAACCAAAUAGAACAAGUCGCCUUCAAUCUUUCAGAUGGAUUAUCCUCUAUUAAUAGAAUGAAGAUGAAAACCCUAUUGAGAUAGCGUCUCACAAGUGUUGGAAUAGAAUUUGCCAAAACUUCCAUAGGACUCCAUUGUGUCUGGCCAUCGAUCAUGGACGAAUUGAUAAACUAUGCAGAGUGAAUAAUAAUCUAAUUCCUAUAGAAAUUGCUUUGUGUGAUUUGAAUUUUUUUUUAUAAGGUUUCCGAUGGCUGGGAAGAUUAACCUAAGGGAAUUAUCAUCAUCAUCAUCACCACCGAAAGCUGGGAGGGUUAAAGAGUACUACCGUUAUCCGGCCUUGGAAGCUUUUAACAAAGGACGUGUCCGACGUUAUUUUGCGGACGUGUUGUAUGAGAUGGUGAAUGAUCCUUCAACGGAUUCGAUCGUGUCGUGGAGCCAAGACGGUAAGAGUUUCAUCUUCUGGGAUCAGGACAAGUUUUGCAAUGAUGUUCUUCCCAAGUAUGGGCUUAGCACGUCUCCAACGUUCAUUGGUCGCCUUCACAAGAUCUAUAGUUUCCGUAAAGUUGAGGAGUCUGAGCACUGCGAAUACGCGAACGAUUACUUUGUGAGAGGCAAACCUGAGCUUACGGUGGAGAUUGAGAAGCAGUUCAAGGAACGGUGUGCUCCGGUUAAGCUUGACAUCAAACCACCAGAACCGGGUUACAAGGAGAAAAUGGAGAGGAUGAGGGCUCUCAUGCUGGCCCAGAAAGCCGCCAGGAGACUCUCUUAAGUCUUAAGGAAUAGACCAAACACCAAUCUCUUAUGUCUUUAUCUUAUUAUUAAUAAAAAAAAUACUCUGAUGCUUGCUUGUUUGUGUCUUCCUGUUUUAAACAUCUAUCUUUAUGUUUUUUCGUGUUUUUCUUUUCUAGAAUGUGCAGAUUCGGCCUCCCAAUCUUGUGAUCAUUACUCUGUUGAUUAUAAUCUGAUAUUUUGUUUAUCUUUA